AUGAAAUCCUUCAAUUCGACUUCGACAACUAUCUUGCUCUUUGUCGGUCUGCUCUAUAGCAUUUCACCUACCACUGGUGAUCCAGAUGCUACGACUGUAUCAAGUGCAGCUCUGUGCAAUAAUUAUUGUGCUCCCACUGCAGACUCCGCACCGUACUUCUAUUACAACGUCCAAUCGUCUUCUUGCGUCUGUACGAGUCAGGCCCCGACCGCUCCCAUUUAUUCGACUUCGGCUGCUUCGGAUAACAUGGGUGACUGUGCAGCUGGCUAUUCUACUUUUAGUGCAUAUAAGAUAGCUACUACUUUCACCUUCAGUAUGUGUGAUGGGAGUGCCGAUCCAUCUUCGUCUGUUACGAACUUUGUCAACACCCCAGGAGACUGUUUUACCGCCUGUCGAACAUACGGUCAAGCAGCUUUCAGUGUAUACAGACCUACCAGUCAAUUUUAUUGUCUUUGUGCCGCAUCGUCGACGCCCACCAACACUCAAGGUACCGAUCCUAAGAAUUGUGGGGAAAGUGGGUUCUUCCUAUAUUCACAUAGUGCCGCAUCAUCCGCUUCGGGUCUGGCGAGAAGACAACUAAGAGAGAAAUUGGAUGUGGCUAGGAAAGAAAGGCAGAGGAGGGAGAAGUUCUGUCCGAAGGGACUGAUUGCUUGUGCUGUGGAAGGAUGGGACUCUUAUGAGUGCAUCGAUACCUCAUCCGAACUUGAAUCAUGUGGAGGAUGCAUCUACGGUGAAUAUGGAUCUUUCUUCAAUACCACAUCAACAGGAACAGAUUGCUCAGCUCUUCCCGGGGUAUCGUUGGGUGCUGGCACUUGCCAAGUUUCGAAAUGUCAAGCUCACGCAUGUAAGCAAGUGUAUGAAUUGAUUGGCGGGCAGUGCGAAUCGCAGAUCUAG